AUGGACAUGUCGACAAUGACAAUGGCAAUGGGCACAGCCAUGUCCGACAUGCCAACAGCCACUUCGGCCUCUGCACCUAUGUCUACGUCGAUGGGUAGCAUGGACAUGUCGCAUUCCUCGUCCAUGAUGCCCGCCAGCGACAUGGCCAUGGUAUUCUUCCGGGCCGUCACAACACCACUCUUCUCCUCGGCCUGGGCUCCCUCCAGCGAUGGCACCUACGCCGGGACCUGCAUCUUCUUGAUCGCCUUUGCUGUCAUACACCAGAUACUCAAUGCCGUCAAGCGCACGCUUUUCAGCACUCCCGAUGCAGUCGUGCUGCCGAGGGACUCUUAUAACCCCAAAAUGUCAGUGGCGGAGCGCCUGAGAGAACAAUUAGCCAACCAUCCUUUCCGUAUGGCCACUGAGACGAGCCGCGCCCUGUUCCAAGUUGUUACCAGUGGUAUAGGAUAUCUGCUUAUGAUCGCCGUCAUGACAAUGAACGUCGGAUACUUUCUGUCAGUCCUGGGAGGGAUUUUCCUGGGCACUUUGAUUGCUGGCCGCUUCGGAUCUGAUGCUGCCUCUGGACACUGA